AUGAACAAGACCCGCUGGGACCGCAACACGCACGUUUUAGACGAGCGAUUACAAAUUCACUCUCCCUCUUGCGCUCAGCCGAGAGCCGUCGUGCCCCACAGCCCCAGCAGGGCAAGAAGCAAUAGCCGAGACACACACCCACGCAGAGUGCCAUCGCUGUUUCCCUCGCCGGGCUUCACGCCAGUCAUGUUCUUGAAGGCGGCGGAGCUGUUGUCGGGGAGAGAAGUGCCGGGGGUUCCCCUCGCGGGGUUCCGUUCGGCUCCACCCUCCGGAGCAGGGCUGCCGCCUGGGCCCGCAGCUGCGCCGGGGGCAUCCGCGGUGCCCGCCUUCGGCGGCAAGGCAGCUGAGGCCCCGACCCGCCGCCGC